CUGGAGUGGUGCUGUUUCCAUGCAAGCCAGGCUCGGCGUUGGACCCUAUAAAAACAAAGUGCUCACCUGGCAUUCUCCUUCUUCCUUUCAUUCUCCUCAUCUAUCUUUCUUCUUGAUUUCCUUUUUGUCUGCUUUUAUUUAACUGUAAACGUUCUCUCUUUUCACAUUUCCCUCAUUCUUAGCUUAAGCCUUCCUUUCUUGUGUGUCCCCUUUACUGAUUAUGACUGCACACCACAUGUCCUCGGGCCAUGGCCUUCCUGUCAAUGGUAUUCCGGCGGAUACCUACGUUGACACCUCCGCGACUGACGCGUUCAACGAGUACGUCCAUUCGGACAACCUUCUUGGGAGUUACGACUCCAUGAUGAAUAACAUCAAUGGCGUCAACAUGGAGUCUCCGUUCGUUGAUCACGUGCUGGCUACCAUGCACAUGGCUGGCGCCCAGUUCCAUAUGGCUCCCCCUCCUUUGCCACAACCGUUCGCUCAGGGUCAGAACGUGUUGAACUCCGUUGAGCCGUUCGUUCCUCAGAACCACCAGCAGGCCUAUCCUGAGCUUUCCCAGGACCAGCCCCAGACCAACGGUGACACUGCGAGAAACGCGGCUACUGCUGACGAAGCUAGCUCUGUCCAGGGUCCUCUCACUCCGGUUGAUGACUCUGCCACCAACGACAGCGCGUCUCAAGGUAGCGAAGACUCCCAGGCCAACUACGAGGCCAUGGUGCAGCUUGCUGCUGGAGGCUCUCGACGUGCUGAAGACAGAGAGUCCCGUGGUGGUGAACAAGCUGCCACUCAGCGCGAGCGCAGAACCAUCUCCUGGACUCCUGAAACCCGCUUCGAGCUUCUGCUCCAGGUUGCCUACGAGCGUCGCCACGAGAGUGUCUCCGAAGGAGCGUGGCACCGCAUCGCUGAUGGCUCUCGCGGCGGAUUGUGGAAGGGUGCGUCCUGGAACGGCGUGCGGUAAGUCUCUCAUACCCUCCUCCACUUCCAACUGAUACUAAUCGGAGACAGUCUCGAAUUCUCUCGCCUCAUGUCCGAACGCUUCGGUGACUACGCUUCCACCGAUAACGCCCGCGCCCGCCGCGCUCAACUCGAUGCCGUUGCCCUCGCCCAGCGCGAUGGCCAGCCGUCCACCGUGAUUCCAGAACUCGUUCACCCUCUCCUGACCGACGCGGACUUUGAGCCGGCCCCGCGCCGUCGCCGUACAGCUGCAGAGUCUGCUGACGGCGAUGACCAGGGUGCCGAGAAUCGUGGCCGUGGUCGUGCUCGCACCUCGUCCACCCCGAGGACUACUCGUGGUCGUGGUCGUGGUCGUGGCCGUGCCGGCCGUACUCCGCGCACUCCACGUACUCCACGCACCCGUCGG